UUCGCCCAGACCAAGUUCAAGUUACGGUACGCUUUCCUCACAGCGUCAUACAGAUUCAACACUAUGCACGCACUACCCAGAAAGAUGUUACAGCUCGUUCUAUAUUGUUGGACCCCUCGCCGAACAGUGUGUACAAGCGGUAGCAUCGAGGGCGAACAAGCUCAAAAUUUGAAGCCGAGGUACGUGCGCGCGUGUCGCUUGAGAACAAAGCCAGACGAAGGCCCGACGCCCUCCGCUUGUGCACGCAUUUUCGGGCGGCGGUCUAGCAAUAUGGAAUUAGCUGUCGCAACCCUACUUGAUAUUCCUGGUCAUCCCUGUCGACUAACUUAGGACUUCCGUAGCACCUCACGUACUCAGUAUCGGCCAUGUCUCGCGUGCAUGCGUCAAGACGGUCACAAUCACGCCGUGCAGACAUCUUCAUAUGGUGGCCUUCGACUCCUACAUCUGAAAUUAUGGCUUGCUUCAGCUCGGACAUUGUUGGUUCCGUCACGGGCAGUACUCUAGUCCGCUGGAUCAACAUGAUCUCCCGCCUUGGUGGGGUCGACGUAAUGGAGGUCAAACGUGUCUCGUGGCGACGCAAACGCCCUUUUAGCUUCCGUCCCGAACCUCUCGAAACUAUCCCGAUCUCCGAUGUUCUAGGCCCCGGAGACUAUGGUUGUUACUACAUGGAUCGGCGAUCCUUCAUUCCCUAUUCCCUUCCCUUCAAUGCCUCCUACUCUGUCGUAUCGCUCGAAAAAAAGAAGCAGAUGUUUAUUAAAAUGACACCAACACCCGGCAGUGCCGAGAGCUUGGAAUUGUACAACAUACCAGAUACACUCCGCGAUCAAGCUUCUGCGCGUGACGAGGGCAAGUGUAUCUUUACACAAUCCGAGUCGGGAAGUAGCCCUGUAGAUGUGCAUUGGAUUUAUCCCCCGGCAUGGUCCGCUACGUGCAUCACAACCCUGGGAGUAGAGAGAUCAAAGCUCUUACUCAGAGCCAAAGGUUUCCAGGACGUCGACAAUUUGGCGACUAUGCGAAGCGAUAUCUACAAACUGUGGCACUCGAAUGCGUUCAGCGUCGAUGUAGAUGGCGAGUACCGAGUCCGAAUAUUUGACGCAGCGGCCAUAGGCUGCGGCCUGCCUUCUCGCCUUGAGAAAAUCCCGGCGGGGACCAAGUCAGGCGACUUCUUCCGUGAACACUUUCGUCACACCUUGUGUGUUCACUUCGUUGGCGGUGACAUUACUGCCGACUAUUCACAUCGGCAAGUCCAGGCAUUUCUCGAGGAGAUGGGCCUUGACGAGUUUGACGGGGAAGCUACGAUUGAGGAUAUCAAUCUCGAGGACGAGAGAUGGCAAACAGUCAUCGGACAGGAGAUCCUUGAGGACGUGAUGGAGAAAAAGCUGAGCGGCCUACAGUGAUCGGACAUAUAGGUCGUCGAAAGCAAGGGCUGAGAUAGUCCUACAAUGUGGGUUUGUUG